GCAGCCUGGGCCUGGGCCAGAUGCAGGCUGGCUUCCACCUGCUCCUGGUCUUGCUGCAGUUUCUGCCCUGGAUACAGGCGGUGGCGUCAACCAAUUCUUCCUCUGCCCAAAUUGGCGCGCACCCACCUUCUCCCCACCCUCCUCUCCCCAGAGCCAUGAUCAGCACCAUGGACAGGGCCCCGGGAGGCCCGCGCUGCUGAGCGAGUCUCUGCUGAGCGAACCUCUGCUGAGCGAACCUCUGCGGAUCCUGUGGACCUGCUGAAGGCCUUGGGUAUGCGAGGAGGCCAGGUCGACAUCCCCCAAGUGCCUGGCCUCUGUCCCCAGAGGACCCCAGAGGGUGACCGGGCAUUCCAGGUGGGCAAAGCCAGCAGGCUUGCCGUACCUACGUGGGAGCUCUUUCCAGAUGGCCACUUUCCUGAGGACUUUUCUGUGCUGAUCACUCUGCGGGGCCAGCCGGCCAACCAAUCUGUCCUUCUAUCCAUUUACGAUGAGGGGAGUACGCGGAAGCUGGGCCUGGCGCUGGGGCCGGCUCUGGGCCUCUUGGGUGUCACCGUCAGCCCUCUCUCCCCGCAGGUCAACCUCAUGGAUGGCAGGUGGCAUCGUGUGGCAGUCAGCGUGGAUGGUGCGAUGGUGACCCUGGUGGUGGACUGUGAACCUCAGCCCCCCAUAUUGGGCCAGGGGCCUCGAUUGAUCAGUACAGCUGGUCAAACUGUGUUGGGAACUCAGGAUCCUGGAGAGGAGACUUUUGAGGGAGAUAUUCAGGAGCUGCUGAUUAUUGCGGACCCUCAGGCCGCCCUCCAGGCCUGUGAGCGGUACCUACCAGGCUGUGACCACCUGGACUCCACAGCCACAGGGGAUGAGCCAGAGACCCCUUCUCCUCGACGGAAAGGCAAGGGGAAGGGGAAAAAAAAGGGGCGAGGUCGAAAAGGGAAGGGUAGAAAGAAGAACAAGGAAACUUUGACCCCGAGUCCACCUCCUGGCUCCCCUGAGAACCAGACCUCCACUGACAUCCCCAAGACAGAGAUACCAGCUCCAAGUCCGCCUCCCAGCUCUUCGCCUUUGGCCAUCACCACCACUAUGACUGCUGGCCACAACCUCACCAGUCUAGAGGGGGACCUUGAUCCUGAAAGUGAAACUGAAUUGGGGUCCUCGGAGACUGAAUUAAUCAAUGAGGAUGAGGAAGGAGAUGACCCCACCAUGGGCCCUGACUUCCGGGCAGCAGAACAGUCAUCACGGACUCAGUUCCAGAUCUUUCCUGGUGCUGGAGAGAAAGGAGCAAAAGGGGAACCAGCAGUAAUUGAACAGGGACAGCAGUUUGAGGGACCUCCUGGAGCCCCUGGACCCCGAGGUGUGGUCGGCCCCUCAGGCCCUCCUGGUUCCCCUGGAUUCCCGGGGGACCGUGGCUUACCAGGCCCUGCAGGUCUCCCAGGAAUCCCUGGCAUUGAUGGGGUCCGAGGCCUACCAGGCACUGUGAUCAUGAUGCCGUUCCAGUUUGCCAGUAGCUCCCUCAAAGGACCUGCAGUCUCCUUCCAACAGGCGCAGGCGCGGGCGGUGCUGCAGCAGGCUCAGCUCUCUAUGAAAGGCCCCCCUGGCCCCAUGGGGCUCACAGGGCGUCCAGGCCCCGUGGGUCUUCCUGGGUAUCCAGGUCUGAAAGGCGAGAUGGGAGAAAUGGGACCGCAGGGACCCCGAGGUCUUCAAGGACCCCUUGGGCCACCUGGCCGAGAGGGCAAGAUGGGCCGCUCUGGAGCAGAUGGGGCUCGCGGCCUCCCAGGGGACACGGGGCCUAAGGGUGAUCGGGGCUUUGACGGUCUCCCCGGGCUGCCUGGCGAGAAAGGCCAAAGGGGUGACUUUGGCCCCGUGGGGCAACCUGGGCUCCCAGGAGAGGAUGGUGAAAAGGGAGCAGAGGGCCCUCCUGGACCCACUGGCCAGGCUGGGGAGCCGGGUGCCCGGGGAAUGAUUGGCCCCAGAGGCUCUCCUGGCCCCCUGGGACGGCCGGGUGUUGCUGGAAUUGAUGGUGCUCCAGGGGCCAAAGGAAAUGUGGGUCCUCCAGGAGAACCGGGCCCUCCAGGACAGCAGGGGAACCCUGGGUCCCAGGGCCUCCCUGGCCCCCAGGGAAACAUUGGCACCCCUGGGGAGAAGGGUCCCCCUGGGAACCCCGGAAUUCCAGGCCCCCCAGGAUCUGAUGGCCCUCCGGGUCACCCAGGCCAUGAAGGCCCCACUGGUGAGAAAGGGGCUCAGGGUCCCUCAGGGUCGGCAGGCCCUCCAGGCUAUCCGGGACCUCGAGGUGUGAAGGGUACCUCUGGCAACCGGGGCCUUCAGGGAGAGAAAGGAGUGAAGGGAGAGGAUGGCUUCCCAGGCUUCAAGGGUGAUGGGGGGCUAAAAGGCGAUCGGGGACACCCUGGACCCGCAGGUCCCCGGGGAGAGGAUGGUCCAGAAGGGCUGAAGGGGCAGGAGGGGCUAGCUGGCAAAGAGGGGCCCCCAGGCUCAGCUGGGGAAAAGGGCAAGCUUGGUGUGCCUGGUCUCCCAGGUUACCCAGGACGUCCGGGUCCUAAGGGAUCUAUUGGCUUCCCAGGGGCCCUGGGACCAUUAGGCGAGAAAGGGAGGCGGGGGAAGGCGGGCCAACCAGGUCUGGAAGGAGAGCGGGGACCACCAGGGUCUCGUGGAGAAAAGGGGCAAUUGGGUGCUACUGGACAACCAGGUCCCAAGGGCGAUGUGGGUCAGGAUGGGGCCCCUGGGGUCCCUGGAGAAAAGGGCCUCCCAGGUCUACAAGGCUCUCCUGGAUUCCCUGGGCCAAAGGGUCCCCCCGGUCCCCAAGGGAAGGACGGGCGUAUGGGACACCCUGGACAGAGAGGAGAACUGGGCUUCCAAGGUCAGACAGGCCCACCUGGACCAGCUGGUGUCGUGGGUCCUCAGGGAAAGACAGGAGAAACAGGGCCUCUGGGUGAGAGGGGACCCCCAGGGUCCCCUGGACCACCUGGUGAACAAGGUCUACCAGGCCUGGAAGGCAGUGAGGGCACCAAGGGGGACCUGGGGCCACCGGGACCCCUCGGAAAGGAAGGGCCGCCUGGCCCUAGGGGCUUCCCUGGCCCUCUCGGAGCCCGCGGGGACCUGGGACCUACUGGUUUGAAGGGUGACAAGGGCCCUCCAGGCCCCAUCGGGGCCAACGGCUCCCCUGGGGAGCGUGGUCCUGUGGGUCCAGCAGGAAGCAUUGGGCUUCCUGGUCAAAGUGGAGGCCAAGGCCCUGUGGGCCCUGCAGGCGAAAAGGGGUUUCCAGGUGAACGUGGCUCCCCUGGCCCCACUGGAAAAGAUGGGAUCCCAGGGCCCCUGGGCCUACCUGGACCCCCUGGAGCUACUGGGCCUUCUGGAGAGGAGGGUGACAAGGGAGAAGUGGGAACCCCUGGUCACAAGGGGAGCAAAGGUGAUAAGGGGGAUGCGGGCCCACCUGGACCAACUGGCGUACAGGGGCCUGUGGGGCACCCAGGCUCCCCGGGAGCAGAUGGGGCACAGGGACGACGGGGACCCCCAGGCCUCUUUGGGCAGAAAGGAGAUGAUGGAGUGAGAGGCUUUGUGGGGACGAUUGGUCCUCCUGGCCUGCAAGGGCUACCAGGCCCUGCUGGAGAGAAGGGGGAGGUUGGAGACGUAGGGUCCAUGGGUCCCCAUGGAGCGCCAGGCCCUCGGGGUCCCCAGGGCCCCAGUGGAUCAGAGGGCCCCCCAGGCCUGCCUGGAGGAGUUGGUCAGCCAGGCGCUGUAGGAGAGAAGGGUGAGCCAGGGCACUCUGGAGACCCAGGACCCCCAGGACCCCCAGGCAUCCCUGGGCCCAGAGGAGAACUUGGUGAAAAGGGGGACAUGGGUCCAUCUGGGGCAGCUGGAUCCCCAGGAAAGAAAGGCCCUCCUGGAGAGGAUGGAGCAAAAGGGAACAUGGGCCCCGUAGGGCUCCCCGGAGACCUAGGACCCCCUGGAGACCCUGGAGUUGCGGGGAUAGAUGGUCCUCCAGGAGAGAGAGGAGACCCUGGUGACGUUGGGGGACCCGGCCCACCUGGAGCUUCUGGGGAACCUGGGUCCCCCGGACCCCCUGGCAAGAGGGGUUCCCCUGGUCGCAUGGGUCGAGAAGGCAGAGAAGGGGAGAAAGGUGCCAAGGGGCAUCCAGGUCCUGAUGGGCCCACAGGGAGGAGAGGCCCAGUGGGGCCUCGAGGACCUCCAGGGGGUGACGGGCCUGAGGGGCUUCGUGGGAUCCCUGGCCCUGUGGGUGAGCCAGGCCUCUUGGGACCUCCUGGCCAGAUAGGCCCUCCUGGCCCCUUGGGGCCAUCUGGCCUCCCAGGGCUGAAGGGAGAUGCUGGCCUCAAGGGGGAAAAGGGCCACAUUGGAUUAAUUGGCCUCAUUGGCCCCCCCGGGGAGGCUGGUGAGAAAGGGGAUCAGGGGCUGCCAGGUGUGCAGGGCCCUCCUGGCCCCCCGGGAGAACCGGGUUCCCGUGGUCCUGUUGGCUCUCUUGGUCACCCUGGGCCCCCAGGCGUGGCGGGCCCCGUGGGACAGAAAGGAUCAAAGGGGUCCCCCGGAUCCCUCGGUCCCCGUGGAGACACUGGGCCCCCAGGGCCCCCUGGCCCUCCGGGUCCUCCUGCGCAAGUCCUGGGGCUGCGCCGGCGCCGCUCAGUCCCGGCUCCGGAGGGCGGCCUGGAGGAAGUGGUGGCGUCGCUCUCCUCGCUGAGCGUGGAGCUGGAGCAGCUACGGCGCCCUCCCGGCACGGCGGAGAGCCCAGGCCUCGUGUGUAGCGAGUUGCACCGCAACCACCCGCACCUGCCGGAUGGGGAAUACUGGAUUGACCCCAACCAGGGAUGCGCGCGGGACGCAUUCAGAGUUUUGUGCAACUUCACUGCAGGAGGAGAGACCUGUCUCUACCCAGACAAGAAGUUUGAGACCGUAAAACUGGCCUCAUGGUCUAGGGAGAAGCCAGGAAAUUGGUAUAGCACAUUCCGUCGAGGGAAGAAGUUCUCCUACGUGGAUGCUGAUGGGUCCCCCGUGAGCGUGGUCCAGCUCACCUUCCUGAAGCUGCUGAGUGCCGCGGCCCACCAGCGCUUCACCUACUUCUGUCAGAACUCAGCCGCCUGGCUGGAUGAAGCUGCUGGCGACCAUGGCCGUGCCCUCCGCUUCCUGGCGGCCAACGGGGAGGAGCUGUCCGUUAACCAGACAGCAGCGGUCACCAUCCAUGUCCCUUACGAUGGCUGCCGGCACCGCAAGGGACAGAAGAAGACGCUCCUGGAGUUCAGCUCUUCACGAGCGGGGUUUUUGCCCCUGUGGGAUGUGGCAGCUGCUGACUUUGGCCAGACAAACCAGAAGUUCGGGUUUGAACUGGGCCCUGUCUGCUUUAGCAGCUGAGCACCUUGGGGUGGGGAGGGACAAGAAGGGUGCCCAAACAGGGCACAUUUGGUGCUGAGGCUUUGGAGCCAUUGUAUUUAUAGUUUCCUGUGACCGUGAAGCCAGGAGGUCUGGUCAACAUGGACAAACGAUGUUCCUUCUCCAUUCCUGGGGGUGGGGUCUGGCACCUCUUGCCCCCACAUCACUGCAUACAGGUGGCAUAACAGUCUGACUCUUUCUCCCCUCCAUGCCCUCCCACCUCCAUCCUCACCCCCAGAGCUCCACGCAAGGAAAUUCAAACUCAGAGUCAACAAAUGCUCCCCAUGUGUGUCUCCCCACCCCGCGGUCAGUGCGGUCAGAACCCUGGUGCUACUCUCCCCCAUUGUGAAGCACUGGAUGCCUCCUGACCCAGGCUGGGACCUCUUCGCUUAUUCCUGUUUUCACGUGGAGUAACAGUGAAGGGACUGAAGUUAGACUACAGAGGGAAGUGGGACUUCCCUUGACUGAGAGAAGUCCCCACAAUGACUUCUGAAUACUGCCCCUCAUAGCUCUCCAGACUCACCUUGCCAUGGCAAGUGAUUUAGGGACUUAGAUGGCAAAUCUUAGGGAUUUAGGAUUUAGGGAUUAAGGGGGAUGAAUCUGGAUCCUAAUGGUGCUGCCCUAUUUAUAUCUGGGUCUGUAUUCAAAGAGAAAAUCCCCUCUGUUGUAUAUUUUAUCUGCUCUCUCUUUAGGGAAGGCUGGGAUAUGAUGAGAGAGAUUCUAGCAUGAUCCUCACCCUAUCUGUGGGCCAUUAGGGAAUGAUGGGCAUCUCGAGUCAGAAUAAACCAGUGAACUGUG